AAACACAGUCUUUAAAGAACGGGGAUCUAACUGCGUGUGAUAUCUUGUUUUUAAUUCUUAUUUCUAAUCCGAUUAUUUAAAGAUCGGGGUUGAUAGUGAUUUACCAGACUGAUGAAUGUUUUUGAGAUGUUUGAUAUUAUGAUAAAUGAGUGAUGUUUAUGUGAAGUAUGCCUGUAACACGCUUGUAUUCUCUGUCUUGUUUAUGACGAUAAACACCAGGAUGUACAGAAUUGUGUUGCUGAUUUUUAUUUCUUUGUCCACAGUAGUCACCGGGAUUAACACUAUACAGCAAUUCAGAGUGGAUGGGUUCUUCGGAGACUACAGUAUCGGUGCCAUUAAUAUGUUCAAAUGGGCGAUGAAGGAACUAAAUAUGGACAGCUUAAAGAACCCGGGGGUGCCCACGGCGAACUUCCUGUCUCAAUCAGUGGUUGGCGAUGAUCCAUUUGAGUCGGGAAGGCAAGUAUGUGAAUCUAUACAGAACGGUAGUCGAGUAAUCUUUGGUCCAUUCAGUAGGGCUUCAGCCAAUCACGUUCAGUCAAUAGGGCGUAGUCUCCAGAUACCAGUAAUACAGGCCCACUGGGACCCCCGGGACUUGAUUACGAAUUCCUUCUCCAGAGAUAAAAUCCCCUCCUAUGUCAAUUUGUACCCCAGUUACGCCAACCUUAGUCAGGGGUACCGGUAUAUCGUCCGGGAAUUCCACUGGAAAAAUCUUACAUUACUCUAUGAGGACGACAACGGAUUAAUCCGAGCACAAGAAAUAAUGAAGUUAGAACCAACAACAGAAGUGUAUCUCCGGAAGUUAGAGGAUAAUCCAGAAAGUUUGUACAGCAUGUUUACAGAAAUGAAGGACAAAGAAGAGUAUAGAGUUGUCCUCGACUGCAAAACCUCCAGCAUUGUAUCUAUAUUACAUAGGGCAUUGCAGUGUAACGCACUGACAGAGAAUUUUCACUACUUCAUUACAAAUUUAGACCUCCAUAUGGUGGACUUGUCACCAUUUAAGUAUUCAGGAGCCAACAUUACCGGGGUUAGUCUUAUCAACGUAAAUAGUCCAGUUCUUGCGGAAGUCAAGUCUAAAUUAUUGACGUCAUUUCCGGGUAAUAAGGAUCCCUACUCUCCUUUUUAUAAUGGACCUCAACAGAUCUCAACAGAGCUAGCUUUUAUAUACGACAGUGUGCUGUUAUUGAGAGAGGCCCUGAACGUGACUCUAUCCAGCAAAAAACAUUUGAAUUUCAGUCAGAGCGUGCGUUGUGACAGGGCGACGCCAUGGGAAGAUGGACGAGACUUCUAUGAUUAUAUCAGAUCGAUCACACUAUUUGACGGUCUAACUGGAAUGGUACAAUUUGGUCGGUUUGGAGAAAGAAACAUGUUUAUGCUGAAUGUAUAUCAACUCACCAGGAGUCAACUUAAACGUAUCGGGUCCUGGGAUCCUGUACAAUCCGUUAAUAUGAAGCUGAUACACAGGAACGAAACCCGAAUACGAGGCGUCAAGACCUAUAAAGUGGCAGUUGUGGUGGUAAAGCCCUAUGUCAUUUUAAAAGACGGUGAAUAUGAGGGAUUUUGUAUCGACAUAAUGGACGCCCUGGCGGAACGACUGAAUUUUAAGUACGAGGUCGUUCAACCCCCGGACGGGGAAUACGGGAACUGUGAAGAGCUGGCUAAUGGUACAAUCAAGUGCUGGGGAAUGGUCAAGAUGUUAGUUGAGAACAAAGUGGAUAUGGCAAUCACUGGAUUUACAAUAACACACACAAGAGCGAGAUACAUAGACUUUACUAAACCGUUUAUGAAUUUGGGGAUCACAGUUCUGUUCCGGAAGCCAAAACCCGACCCUCCGGAACUCAUGUCCUUCUUAGCUCCCCUUGACAACACAGUGUGGGCAGGGAUUAUAUCGGUGUUUCUCGGGGUUAGUUUGGUGCUUCUUAUUACGGCUCGAUUCACGCCCUAUGAAUGGAUUAAUCCGCACCCAUGUGAUCCAACAACAGAGGAAGUGGAAAACCAGUUCACUCCCCUUAGUUCCCUGUGGUACGUGAUAGCGGCGCUUAUGCAACAGGGUUGUGAGUUGGCCCCUGUGGCGAUUUCUACCCGGACAUUGGCAGCAUGUUGGUGGUUCUUUACACUGAUCCUGAUCUCGUCCUACACUGCCAAUCUAGCUGCCUUUCUGACAGUGGAGAAUGUAGUCUCACCAAUCGAGAGUGCCGAAGAUCUUGCCAGACAGUCUAAGAUCAAAUACGGAACCACCGAAGGAGGAAGUACGUUAGAGUUCUUCAAGACUUCUAGCAAUCCUACAUACGUCCAAAUGUAUAACGUUAUGGAGAGUGCAGAUCCCCCAGUGUGGGCCAAAAUAGAGGAGGGGGAGAGACGAGUCCUACAAGGGGACUACGCCUACUUAUCAGAAUCAUCCUCCAUCGAAUACCGUGUGGAACGUAACUGUGAUUUGAUGCAGGUCGGGAACUGGCUGGAUUCCAAAGGAUACGGGAUCGGCCUUCCAAAGGGUUCAGAAUUAACAGACAGAGUAUCAAGGGAGAUAAUAAAACUCCAAGAAGAGCAGAAAAUUCAAAGUAUGUAUGACAAGUGGUGGAAACAGAAGAAAGCUGUAGAUUGCUCAGGGGGGACGACGAAAACGACAAAUCCACUUACCAUGGAGAACGUUGGUGGGAUAUUCCUCGUGCUGAUUAUAGGAACGUUUUGUGGACUGAUUGUAGCCCUUGGAGAAUUCCUGUGGAUAGCACGGCAAAAUGCCAGGAAAUACAAUUCUCCAUGGCGGUCGGAAAUUUGUAAGGAGUUUCGAUUUGAAUGGAAAUGUGGACGGGCUUUCCAUAAGUCUGACUCUAGUGUGGCAGAAAAUGGACUCCAAAGCAUCCCACUUACUAAGAGCUACCCAAAAGCAAAUGGUGGGCAAGAUAUUGCAUAUGACAGAGGGAAAGGCGAAGACGUCACGUGACGUCAGUAAAAAGACAUCUCAUCUAACAACACUCAUUGGAUAUCUUGCAUGUCAUUCAUAUUUCAUCGUUUUUUAAAAUUUAUUAAUUGUGUAAAGGGUUGAUUUUUUUAUCGUUAAUUUAUUGUUCAAUAUUAUGUGAUGUAUGAAUGUUGAUUGACUAAUUGAAAUAUUUUGAAUUGAAAA